CACACACACACUCCCUCUCUGUUUGGAGCGGUUCAUCCGCUAGGGCGGGAGGCAGAGAGAGCCAGCAAGCGAACGCGCGUGGCUCUCUCAUUUGCAUGCCAGGGAGAGAAGCGGGCGCCUCCAGUGCCCCGAAGGGCUGCUGUCAUUCACCCGAGGCAUUUGCAAGCUCGCUGCCUCCCUGUCUUGCCCCGGUUUGCCUUUCAAAGAAAGGUCUUGAAGAAGUCUUUCCUGGCCUUUUCUGUGGCAGUGAGUGGAAAGCGGCUACAGGCAUGUUAGAGCCCAAUAAGUUACAUAGGUGGAGAGAGAGAAAAAAGAAAAGGGGAGGGGAAGCCUUUAGAAUCAGAGUUGGAAGAGCCCUCCUAGCCAUCCACUCCAACCCCCUGCCAAGAAGCAGGAAAAUCACAUUCAAAGCACCCCGACAGAUGGCCAUCCAGCCUUUGUUUAAAAGCCUCCAAGGAAGGAGCCUCCACCAUAGUCUCCGACAGAGAGUUCCACUUCUGAACAGCUCUCAUUGUUAGGAAGUUCUUCCAAAUAUUCAGGUGGAAUCUCCUUUCCAAGAGAGGCCACUGCAAUAAAGUCAAGAUACCAGCUUGUGUCUGGGAGAGGGGUUAAAUUAGCUAACACAUUUGUCAGACUAGCAGAAAUGUUGAGUCUUGUGGCCUUUUUUGGUGAGAUCCAAACAAACAUGAGAUCUGGCUGACACUGCCCAUCAACAGGUGUUUUUUUAAGGGGAAGAAGAAGGCAUGAGAGAAAGCGCUUCCUCUUCAUGGGUGUGCUUAGGUGAAAGCUGCCACAGCUUCAUGUGGCUUUCAGGAGGAACAAAUAGAAAAACGUGACUCGCCUUUAAGCAUGCUGGGGUGGAUGUGUGAUGUCCAGAGAUGUCACUUUUCUUGAGGGAACAGAGAACAUUCUGCUGAAUCACUUUAAUUGUCUUGGAUUGGGUGACAUGAACUUUGGGACAGCCAAAAGACCAUUUAGAUUGAAGGGAUAGAAGAUUGCACACCAGGGGUUUCACAUAAAUGUGUGUUGCCUUCAGGGAGGAAAAAUGUUUUGCAGCAGCAACAAUCCUUCUGGGAAAAUAAUAGCCUUUCAAUCACAAAAUCUCUCAACCAUGAAUGGCAAAACUUUGGAUUGCUGGUCUUUUUGAUAGCAUACUUAAUAAUUUUCUUCUGAAGUUGUAGUUGAAUCUAGUAGAUCUCAGUGAAGUGUGACAUUAAGGAAGUGUUUCACAGUAUUUUUCUUUCUUUUGUUUUGGGAUAAUAAUAUAGUAAGGGAGGAAAGAAUGUGACAAAUGUAGAUUUUAAAAACAGAAUUUUAAAACAAUAGGAAUGUACACUAACAUUUUUUCAGACCAAUUCAAUUUAUCCCAGUAUUUCUUGGUAUUUAUUUUCCAUUUAAAGGGAUGUUCAAAUUUAUGCCAAAUCGUUUGAACUAAGUUUUUCCAAACGGCUUAGAGAGUUCAUGUCAGAACUAUUCCCAAACAAAUUAAAAAAUCUAGUAGAGUAAUGAAAUGGGAAUAAUCAUAUGAACUACAUGAUUUUCUUCAUCUGAAAAGUCAUAUAAGUGAAACUGAAAAUACUUUUGCCAAGUUUUCCAGCCCAACGUGUCUUGGCAAUGUGACCUGUUAAGGAAACAUACUUCAUUUUUGCUUUGCUUUAAUAUUUGAACACUGUAUGUGGAAUUAAAUAGUAUAUUUUAGGAGGUUUGCAUCAAUAAUGGAUCUUAUGUAUGUCACACUUUUUCCCUUCUUUGGAUCUUUGGAUGCAAGCAGAUGAAAACACUAUUGAGAAUUGCAGCCUCUCUUUGACUUUGAAAUCAGGAUGCAACACUCUUGCACUCUUAUAAUGGCAUAACUUAAGCAGAAGCUGCUCACACAUGUCAACAUUUAUAAUAGGUUCCAUUCUUGAAAUGUUGGUUCACAAUUAGACCAAGACUUUGGGUACUAGUUUGAGAAAUGUUAGUUUAAAAUGUGGGUAUAAAAUCAAUGUAGCCACCAAACUUGUUCUUGUUUAUUCUGUUACUUAUUGUCUAAUAGGUUGGGACGGUAUUAUGGUCUUAGACAGUGCUGUCCUUUAUCGCUAUAAUUAGUGGCAUUUUUUUGCAUUGGCUCCAUGACUCAAUUAUUGUUAAGGGAUGUGUUUACUCUGAAGCUUAAUAGAAUUCACAGACUCAUUACCAAACAAUUGUAUGUAGGAUUAUAAUCUUAGCAUCGUUUAGGCAGAAUUAGGCUAUGUCAUAGUUUUCUAACUGGGUGCAACAAAAUCUUAUCCUUGCUGCAGAGUUGUGGUGGGGGUGGUCACCCCCACCACCAGAUAAACAAAUAACAGGACUGGGUGACUGGUUUCUUUUUCAUCCAUCAUCCCAUGAACUCCAUUCCAAAGACUAAGGUUGCUGUGUUCAGUCAAAGUGAUAGUGACACAUUCACAACAUUGUAGGCUGCUUCUGUGAACUCAGGGGGAACACAUUGCUGAAGACUUCAGUCAGCUGCUUUGAAUCCCAUCUCUGAAAAAAAAAAAACAGGAUAUAACUCAAAUAAAUAAAUACAUAAAUCAUUGGAUCUCAAGAAUUCUGUUCAUUUGAAGAUUGUCUAGGAGUUGUCUGGGACAUGCAUUGUUCUUGCUUAAAACAUCCAGUGCUUUCUGUAGUACCCAUAAUACAAUGAGAUGAAAACUAAAGGAACUAAAAUUUGCAACAUUCCUUACAUAUAAUGAAGAGGAUAGCUGAAUAGAAGAAUCACUUGCAUUCUUCAGAUGAUGAUGCCUGAGAACUUAGUCACAUAAUCGUUCCCUGUGGAUUUUGACAUAUUGGGUUUGUUCUGUUUUUUGUUGAUGCCUUAUAAUCAUGUAAUGAUAAUUUUCUGUGGCAUUGUGGAAAAUUCUCGUGAAUGAAAUUGAACUACUACACAUCUUGUGUUGAAUAUCUGGAUAACGUUUCAAACUUCUGUAGAAUGGUUCAGAAAGCAAGAACUGACUAAGGUUACAGCUCAUGGCCCUUCUCCAGCCAGGCUCAGACCUGUAAUAGUGAUCAAGUUUUGAGAAAAAUCAACCUGAAGUUGAAGGUGACUGAAAUAAAAGAACAGGAUGUCUUAAUAGAAAAUAUGUUUUGAAUAGCAGGAUGGUUUACAAUUUAAUUGAUUAGAAUUGGCUACUACAGGACACUGAGACCAGAGAAUAUGGCCUCUGCUAGACUAGAUGUAAUGAGAAAUAAGAGGAGCUGAUCCAAGGAGGCUUUAUAGUUAAAACUCUAAGUGGGAAUUAGUUGUCUAGAAACUGUGUCUAGCAUAGCUCUUGGCUUUCUUUUAUGGCCCUUUCCAUUUGGAGGGGGUUGGGGGAAUGUUUGGGAAUUUGAGCCAAGACAAUGGAUGAUCUUGGAAGUCACUGUUACAUUCUAUUAUGAAUUGCACUCCGUUGAGCUGCUUUGGGCAUAUUUGUCUAACCACAUAAAAGUAUGGUGAUGGUAAUGGUGCUGAUAAUGGUCCCUAUAUAGUGAAAUACACAAUUUCCAUCUACAAAUGGAAUACAUGUAAAAAUAUUCUAUACAUCUUUAUGGGGAAUAUUACCUCAUUAGAAAAGAAUGAUGAUAUAAUAAGUUAGGAAUAUACCGGUAGAUACAAUACUGCAGAAGCUUAGCUUCUGCCUUGAAUGUAAAAUUCUCUCCUUGAUAUGUAGGAAGAAUAGGGAAGACUUUGGAUAUUUAUCAGAGUGGAUAUUGAGAUGUUCUAACUCUAUUGAGAAAUUUUAUGACGAUAUACAAUGUGGAUCCUUGUUGCAUCAUUCACCCUAAUAACUAGCAAACAUUGAAUUUCUGACAUCCCUUUUUGAAUGGGCAACACAACUGUAUAGGUGCCCGAAAAGAAUGAGAAAUGCGGUGGAUCUGCCACUUCACAAUGUUCUGAUUUCAAGUUGGCCUGCAAAGUAACUUUGCUUUUCAUUUGUGUAGGUGGUGUUGGGAGGUGGUCUACAUAGUGGAGCUCUUCCCCAUUUUCCAUGCCAGUAUAUGCUAUAGAGGGGCACCUUUGUAAGACCUAUUAAUUCCUUUGUCAAUUUGUACUUGAGAGAAGUGGUAAAAUUGCUGGAAGUGACUCCUUAGACUCACUAGAUGCUCUAGUUGUAGUACAUGUUUCUGCUCUAUCAUAUGCUACUUGUUGUUUUGUGACUGCUGGAAGGAACAUGCUUGUCAUUAUUUCUUAAAUGCUGUGGGCAAUUGGUAAUAAAAAUCUGAAAAGAUAGCAAGCCUCAACAGUGCCCAGUUUAAAAUGAAAAACACUUAUUCUGGCAUUAUCAAAAUAGUAACUGACAAGCCUGUCUUGUUGUUUUCUCUCUCUUUUUAAAGAAAAAACAGCGCUAUGACAGCAUGUUACUUUAGGGAGUAUUAAUGGAAAACUUGGCUUUACAGGAUAACUGAAAAUGAUUAAGCUCGGCAAACUUUGAUCCAUGAAAUUGUUAAAUUCUUAUUUUUGGAAUAAAUACAAACUCUUGAGCUCUAGAUUAUUUCAGAUUAAAAAUAAGAAGCAAAUUAUGUAUUCUUCAUAUUUAUUUUUGAGGCCUGAGGUUGGGAAACAAACUGUUUAUGUAUCAUAAAUAUGAAUUAAAUGUUUAUUGACAUCUUUAAAAAAGACUUCCUUUAUGUCUGUUGUUGAUUGUGGAAAGUCCCAGCCACACAUACAUCAUGAUGGAAUCUUGCUAUUUAAAAACGUAUAAGUCUAUAGAUUGUGACCAGCAGUGCUGCGGAGUUCGAAGAGGCACGAAUAGAGGGCCUAAGGGUGAAACGUGCCAAGAGGAAGGAGCGUCAAGCUAACCCCAACCGGGACCGCCUUCCACCUGGAAACCGAUGUCCUCACUGCGGGAGAAUAUGCGGGUCAAGAAUCGGUCUCUUCAGCCACCUAAGAACCCACCCCCAAGAUGGAAGACAAUCGUCCUCGAGCUACGAGGGAUCGCCUAAGUAAAGAGAUGCCUUUCAUCUGAGUUAAGAUAUCUGCAAAACUGGAUGACAGUGUUUCAGGUGACUGAGUGUUGUGCUGGUCUGCAUGGAGCCUCCCCUGUGGAUGAACCAGAAGAUAGUUCAGUGUUAAUGACAGUCUACAUGGUUGUGACACUUAGAGCACUUUAUCAAUCAAAAGUGGCAUAUUCUGCCAGCUCGGCCACCUGUUCCAUUCCAUCAGUGUCAGAAAAUAUUUCACAGAAGGCCACAGGUGCCAGCUGUCAUUCUGAAAGAAGCAUUUGGAUGGCCCUAGUAUACAUGCAUUAAGAAGAUUGGGAUUUUUUUUUGUCUCAACAGACUUACUUGUUUUUGUUUUCUAGAAAGCACAACAAAAAGCAAAUUAAUAAAUGAGAGAAUGGCAGGGGGUUGGACUGAAUGGCUCUUGCUGUCUCUUCUAUUCAAUGAGUAUUCUAUGCAUUCUAGUACAUUCCUGUGCAUACUGAUUGAGAAACUAUCCCCAUCCCCACCAUGACAACUUCUAGAAUCCCUUCCAACAACAUCAUGGCAAAAAAAGAAGUAAAAUUUUCAACCUUUCAUCAGAUGCAAAUCUUACUUAAUUAAAUGUUACUUACUCCCAGUUAAAUAAUUUAUCAUGCAGUCUUAUUAAUAUGAUGAGAAUUUUCUGUGCUUUCAUGCACUACCAUUAACUAGCAACCUGUGUGUUUGUGAGAGCAAAUUCCCCACCAUUUCCUAGGCCUCGCUAUCACAUGGCUGGGCUCUCCUGAGCUUUUUAGGUUGACAAGUUUUUUUUAGAAUUUCAUUUCAUUGAUAUAUCAGUGUGUAUAAUAGGAGCUUCAGACAGGGGGCAGUACUGGAUCUUUUUGAGUGAAUAUGUAUUUCCAAAAAUUGCCCAAACCUUUCCCUAGAAAGCCGUCUUUCAGCAGUGAUAGAUCUACACUGAAUGUGCUUUCCCCAGUUGUACUUUCCCCAUUGGGGGAGAGGCAUCCCAUUUCUCAUUUUAUCACUCACAAAUCUCCAGCCAUAUAAUAUCUAAGGAAAUUAGGAUUGCACUCUAAGAUGUUUAUAGUUUAUAGUCUAAGAAAAUUUAUAGUUUUUUAGUCAUCUCGGUUCUCUGAGAGGCUAUGAUAGCAACUUUUGCCAACAAAUUGUUCUAAUUUUUCACAAAAAUAAUCACAUUGUAGGGUUUUUUCAUGUAGACAUGUCAGUGUUGUCCAUCAAGACCCCAUCACCCUUUUUUGUAAACUAUAGUGCAGUCCUUCCUGCUACAUACUUCCACAGCUAGUUUUGGGCAGUCCCCUCCUAUCCCAAAUAUAUACAUUUUGUUGCUGGGCACUGCUUAUUACAUUCUGUAAUAUCACCUCUUCAUUCUGUAAUUAUCACCUGUAAUAUAUCUACCAAAAAGGAAGACAAGAACAAGAAUACAGACGAAAUCAAGGAUGAUGAUGGAAAUCUCGACGAUCCGGAUAUAGACAAAAAUGUGGAUGAUGAGUGAUUUUGAUCGACAAAUGAAAUGCUAUUCCAACAACAUAAAUGGUCUGAAUUAAUCUAGUAAAAGAAAAAGGUUUUUUAAGCAAGAUUAAAAAAGGGAAAUACAAUAUAAUAGCGUUGCAAGAAACACAUGUUGCUCAAAGACAUACUGCAUAUCUUACUCAAAAAAAAUUAGGAAAGGAAUUCUUCUCCUCUGCAGAAGAGAAAAAAAGAGGGGUAGUCCUAUAUAUUGAUGAAAUUUAUCAGUGGAAUUACAAUUUAAAUACCAAGAGGGUCGCAUGAUUGGUGUUAAGGUUAAAAUUGGAUUUAAUAACAUAUUAGUAUGUAAUAUAUAUGCUCCAAAUGGACCUAAGAUGCAGUUUGUUAAACAUUUAAGAGAAAAAAUAAUUCAAAAUGACUAUGACUUUAUUAUUAUAUUCGGAGACUUUAAUGAAGUAUUAAAUGCAAAAAUGGACAAAACGUAUUAUCAACCUAAAAGAGUAAAGGAAGAAAUUGGUUCGUUACCAAAAAAUUUUAUGGUUUUACAAGAAGAAUUAGGGUUGGAAGAUUUAUGGCAUGAACGUAAUUGCAGUCAAAAGGACUACACCUUCUAUUCCAAUCAACAUCAAAGUUGGUCGAGGAUAGAUAUGAUUUGGGCUUCAAAAACACUAUCUACAAAAAUUGGAUGAAUUCAAAUUUUGCCCAGAGAUAUUUCGGACCAUAAUCCACUAGAGAUGAUUAUUAAUCAUAAAAUACAAAACUGGAAAUGGCGAUUAGAUAAGAAGAAGAUGUGCAGAAAAACAAAAAAAUAAUGAAUACUUCAAAAUGAAUGAUACAAAAGAUGUCAGAAUACAAACAACAUGGGACGCCUAUAAGGCGGUUAUGAGAGGCCAUUUUAUACAACAAAAUUCGAGGGAAAAGAAUGGGAGGAACAAGAAAAUAAAUGAUAUUAAGAAAGAAAUUGGAAUCUCAGUUGAAAAACAACCCAAAGGAAAUCAGAAUUAAGAAUAAAUUAGCUAUCCUAGUGAAAAAGAGAAAUAAUUUGGAACUGGACCAGGUGGCUAAACAGAUGAAAUAUGUAAAGCAGUAUAACUUUGAAAAUGCUAAUAAAACAGGGAAGUGGCUUACCAAAACAGACUAGAAAAAAAAGACAAUCGCAGCAUAUCUCUAAAAUAAAAGCAGGGGGAAAAUUAUUGGUCACAGAUAAAGAUAUUCUGGACCAUUUUAAGACUUUCUAUCAAAAUUUAUAUACAGAAGACAAAAUAGAUAAAGGGAAAAUAACGGAUUUUUAUGUAAACAAAAUCUCUCUAAAAUAUCAGAUGUACAAAGAGAAGCACUAAACAAAGAAAUAACUGAAGACGAAAUUACUAGAGCUAUAAAAGAUUUAAAAAUUAAUAAAUCACCAGGACCUGAUGGGUACUCAGCAAAUUUCUACAAAGUAAUGAAAGAAGAAACUGUUCAGUUUUUGAAAAAGGUAAUGAAUGUGGCCCUGAUUGAUAAAGAAAUCCCGGAGUCAUGGAAGAAAGCAGAAAUUGUAAUGUUGAAGAAAGAAGGAGGUGAUUCAGAAGAUGUGGCAAAUUAUCGACCAAUAUCUCUACUAAAUAUAGAUUAUAAAAUAUUUUCAAAUAUUCUAGCAUGCCGAUUAAGGAACUUUUUAGUGGAAUGGAUUGGUGAAGACCAAACAGGAUUUCUCCCUAAUAGAAAUAUUAAAGACAAUGUAAGAAUUAUAGUUGAUACUCUAGAAUAUUAUGAAUGUUGUCACCAAAAAGAAUUGGCUCUACUCUCACUGGACACUGAAAAAGCGUUUGACAAUUUAAACUGGGAUUUUUUUAAAUUACUAUUUAGAGAAUUAGAUUUUGGCUAUCAAUUUCAAAAUGCAAUAGAGGCAAUAUAUAGUCAACAAAGGGCAAGAAUAUUGAUAAAUGGGCAAUUUUCUGAAGAAUUUUCCAUAUCGAAAGGAACUUGACAGGGUUGUCCCUUAUCGCCAUUAUUUUUUAUUUUUUCUUUAGAGAUUUUAAUGAGAAAUAUUAGAGAGAAUAAAGACUCAAAAGGGUUAAAAAUUGACAAACAUGAAUACAAGGCAAGAGAUUUUGCAGAUGAUAUAAUUUGUAUCAUUGAAGAUCCCAGGGCAAGUAUCAACAAAUGGAUUGAGAGUAUAGAGGAAUUUGGAAAUGUUGCAGGUCUCAAGAUUAACAAGAAAAAAUCAACAAUUUUGACUAAAAUAUAUCAAAAGAGAAUCAGGAAAAACUUGAACAAAUAGUUGGUUUAAAAACAUCUUCAAAAAUAAAAUAUUUGGGAAUAUGGUUGACAGCAAAGAAUAAUCAAUUACUUCAAAACAACUAUUUAAAUAAAUGGAAGGAAAUCCAAAAAGAAAUAAAAAGUUGGAAGAACCUAAAUCUGUCAUUAUUAGGUCAAAUUGGGGCGAUAAAAAUGAAUAUUUUACCAAAAAGGAUAUAUUUGUUUCAAAACCUCCCUAUUAUUCGAAAUAUGAAAAUAUUUACACAAUGGAAUAAGGAUAUAUUUAAAUUUAUUUGGAAGGGGAAUAAACCAAGAAUAAAAUAUGCUGUGAUGACAAAUCUUAAGAAAAGAGGUGGUUUUGGAGUACACGAUUUGAAAUUAUAUUUUGAAGCGAGUGCCUUGGUCUGGAUAAGGGAUUGGAUAAACUUUAAAAAAUCCAAAGUACUUACAAUAGAAGGAUUUGACUUAAGAAGAGGCUGGCAUUCGUAUGUUUGGUACGGGAAAACAAAAAUAGAGAAAAAUUUUGGCAACCACUUCAUUAGGUCAGCUUUAAUUAGGGUUUGGAAAAGAUAUAAACAAUACUUUUAUACAAAAACACCAAAAUGGGUAUCACUGUUGGAAGCCAAUCAAAGGAGGUUACUUGGAUGGACUAAUUGGCCUCCGUAUAGAGACUUGCUAAAAGGGAAAGCACCUACUUUUCAAUUAAAGUCACAAGUAGAAAUACAGGAAAAGUAUAAAGAAGUAACUUGGCUGCAAUACCUACAAAUUAAAGAGUAUUUCAAUAUGGAUAACAAAUUAGGCUUCUCCGAGGAAGACAUUUGGGAAAAAUUGAUUAAAUCUGAGAAAAAAUUAAUUACAGUAAUAUACAAUAGACUUCUUGAAUGGUCCACCGAAACAGAACAAAUUACAAAUUCAAUGACAAAGUGGGCAAGAAAUAUUGGAAGACCAAUACAAAUUCACGAAUGGGAAGAAAUUUGGUUGAGGAAAAUAAAGUAUACAUAUGCAUCAGACUUAGAAGAAAACUAUCUGAAAAUGUUGCACUGCUGGUAUAUGACCCCAGCAAAAUUGAGAAGAAUGUACCAGAACAUGGACUAUAAAUGUUGGAAAUGUAAGACAAAUGAAGGUACAUUCUUCCAUUUAUGGUGGACAUGUAAAAAAACAGCAGAUUUUUGGAAAAUUAUCCAUGCUGAAUAUCAAAAAAUCCUCAAAAAAUCUUUUCCCAAUGAAACUGGAAUACUACUUAUUGGAUAUGUUUGAUUUGGGAUUAUUUGCAGAUCGAAAUUUGGACAAAUUAUUUACUUUUUUAACAACAGCAGCGAGAAUAGUCUUUGCAAAAAGGUGGAAGUUGGAUACCACUCCUGAAUUGAAAGACUGGAUUAUCAAAAUUAUGGAUAUAAAAGACAUGGACAAGUUAACAUUCUUACUAAAAGAAAAUAGCGGCAGCGGAUUGAAAAAGACAGACUGGUCACUUUUAGAAAAUUAUCUCAAGAAAGAUUAAAGACGUAAGGGGGAAAGAAGUUACAUUUAGUUUCUAUAUUGACUUUAAUAAGUUGUUAUUUUACAGGAGUAGAAAGAGCGGAAGUCAUCGAAUACUCUUUCUGGACUGUGUGUAUGGUGCCUUUUUUUAAAAAAAAUUGUAUUUCAUACUUUCCUAUAUAUUUAUUGUUCCCCCACUUUCAUAUAUAAAGGAAAUCUUCUAUUUUUUUUGUCUCUUUUACUUUCUUCUUUUCUUUCCUACUUUUCUAUAUUUUAUAUUGUUCCCCCACUUUUUAUGUAUUGAAAAUAUUCUUUUCUUUUUUAAUAAAAAUUAUAUAUGAAAAAAAGAACUAGAAUACUGUGUCCAGUUCUGUGCACCACGGUUCAAAAGAGAUAUUGACAAGCUGGAAGGUGUCCUGAGGAGGGCAACUAAUAAUAUUACCAUAUAAUGAUAAAGUACAAUAUAGCAAUUUAAUGCUUAUAUUGUGCUAUGCUAAUAAUAUAUUUUAUGUUCAUUUGAUUUGUAAGCAGCUCUGAGUCCCCUUCGGAGUGAGAAGAGCAGGAUAUAAAUGUAGUAAAUAAAUAAAUAAUAAAUAAAUAACUAAAAUGAUUAAAGGUUAUGUUUAGCUUGCAGAAGAAUAGGGUGUCAUAAGAAAGAGAGAGCAGGCUUGUUUUCUCCUGCCCUUGAAACGAGGACUAGGAGCAAUUAGUUCAAAUUACAGGAACAUUAGGAAGAACUUCCUGACCAUACGAGCUGUUCAGCAGUGGAACUCUCUGCCUUGGAGUGUGGUGGAAGCUCUUUCCUUGGAAACUUUGUUUAUUGAGGAAAUGCCCAUAUCCUAUUCUGGUAUCUCAUUCUUGCCUGCUUGAUAUAAUAUUUUCCAUUGAUAAGAGAUAAAGGGAAAAUGAAAUAUCCAGAAGAGCAUUCCCCUUGCGGAAUAAGAGACCACACUGAAGCAAAGCAAAGCAAUACAAAACAAAAACCCCUCAGGUGCUCUCAGUUAUUUAUUGCAGAAUUGUGCCCUAUAUGAUUAGAGAUCAUGUUCUUCCCUGGAGCAAAAUAUAUCUAGAAUACCACCACCCCCCCAAAGAAAACACUUACAGUCUUUCUCUUUUCACCUAAGGCAAGCCUGUUUGUGGAUCUUUUUUAAAAAAAUUAAUACCACUGUACUCCAAAGAAACAAAAUAUAACCUUCCAUAUAACAACAUAGGCUAAAUGCACACCAGGAGGAGUGGGGAGUACUGUAUUUACUCAAGUCUAAUGUGUCAUCAAAUCUAAUGCACAACCCAAUUUUCAAAAUCUCAGAACAAAAAAAAAGUAUUUUCUGGCUAGUGUGAUGCACAGCAGAAAAAAGUGCACUCUUUGUAAUUUGGCCAAAAAGUGUGCAUUGCAGUUGCUGUGUGUGUAGAUUUUUUUAAAAAAAUAAGUGUUAGAACACAAAAACUUCCAGUGAUAGAAGGGAAACCACGGAAAUAGGUAAUCCUUCCCUCAAGGCGCCUCUACUAUUAGUCCCUUUAACGUAGCAGUAUGCACAGCGAAGAAAGCUUUCUUUUUUGCACACAUUGCAUCUGCGAAUUCAUGUCCAGCUGAGCUGUUCAGAGUAGUGAGAAUCUUAACUCAGGUGCCCUCCCCGGGAACUUUCCCUGAGAACCUUCAGUAGCUCACUAUGAUGCUUUUAAUAAUCCUUUCACAGAUAAAAUCUCUCGCCUUAGAGAUGACUUAGAUGAUAUCAUUGGAACAGAAGUCAACAAGAAGGUGUCCAGCAACUCUGUGAGUGCUAUUCCACUGGUUCAGUUUCAAUUAGUGAGUACAGUUGAUGGGAAGGGAAGUUAGAGAAGGAAAUUUACUAUUUUUCCUCCUCAUCUUCCUUGUAGUGCAUCUCCACUGUAGAAUGAAUGCAACUUAACACCACUUUAAAUGCCCUGGCUAUGGAAUCCUGAGGGUGGGAUUGUAGUUUUACGAGGUCUUUUGACUUUUUUACCAAAGAGUGCUGGUGCCUCGCCGUACUACAACUCCCAUUAUUCUGUAGCAUGGAUUCGUUAUAUUCUAAGUACAGUAGAGUCUUACUUAUCCAACAUAAACGGGCCAGCAGAACGUUGGAUAAAUGAAAAUGUUGAGUAAUAAAGAGGGAUUAAAGGAAAGCCUAUUAAAUAUCAAAUGACAUUAUGAUUUUACAAAUUAAGCCCAAAACAUCAUGUUUUACAACAAGUCUGCCAUUUGUUUGGGAGUGUGGCUGCACUUGUGUUGUUUUUGGGCAUGUUGACCCACUGCAUGUUGCUGCCUAGAGGAACAGCUGUGGAUCUCUGCCAAAAUGUACUGGUAUUUCAUCAAACUACUUGGGCCCUGGACUUUAGCUCCCGAAUCUACUUAGAGCUGUAUCACCAUGAAUGCAAAAGGGACCCAUGAGCAAAUCUCAUGAACGCUCUUUUGAUUCACUGGAAAUAUGUCCCAUUAUGGUGACUAAAUACUGCAAAGGCACCAGGUGCUACACUUUAAAGCAGUGGUUCUUAACCUGUGGCUCCCCAAGUGUUUCAGCCUACAACUCCCAGAAAUCCCAGCCAGUUUACCAGCUGUAAGGAUUUCUGGGAGUUGAAGGCCAAAACAUCUGGGGACCCACAGGUUGAGAACCAUGGCUUUAAAGAGUAGGAUUCAGAGUGUGCAUCCACUUUAAAUCCUUGGGUGCCUCCUGCAGAAUUCUGUACUUUAGAGAGGGGCCUUUAACAUUCUCAGACAGAUAGGUCCUGGAACUCACUAAACUACAAACCACAGAAUUCUGCAGGAGACUUUAAAGUGGGAUACCAACUCUUUAAAGGGGAAGGAUGUGUACUCUGAUCUGAUCUUGGAAACUAAGAAGGGUCAGUGCUUUGAAACUAAGAAGGGUCAGUGCUAUUUAAUAUUUGAAUGGAAGAUCAUGAAUGAGCACCAGUUGGUAUAGGCUACAUUUCAGGUGAAGAAACAGGAAAAAUCUCUUUGUGAGGCUGGGCUUCACAACAGUUGCCACUCUUCCCUCCCUCCCUCCCUCUUUCCUUUCCAGAGCUGAGCUUUUUCCCUGCCUCUCAAGUCCUCCCUUUGGUUUUGCCCACAGGUUUUGCCCACACCGUGAUAUAGCAGUCAGUAUUAGGCUAACCUUGGGAUGGUGAGGCAGUAAAUAUAUUUGAAGCAAGUAGUUUCCUCCUCCUAUCUUUUGUGUCUUUUGCUUGUUGUUUUCCAAUGACAUCUCCCUGUGUCCCAGCCUCAAUUAGCAGCUCAAGGCACUUUUGCUAUUAUACACCUUAAUUUUGGAGAUGUAAUUUAUCCCAAAAAGAUGUGCAUUAGAUUCAAGCAAAUACACUAGUUAGUACAGGGGAUAUAUAUAUACAGUAGAGUCUCACUUAUCCAAGCUAAACGGGCCAGCAGAAGCUUGGAUAAGCGAAUAUGUUGGAUAAUAAGGAGGGAUUAAGGAAAAGCCUAUUAAACAUCAAAUUAGGUUAUGAUUUUACAAAUUGAGCACCAAAAUGUCAUAUUAUACAACAAAUAGGACAGAAAAAGUAAUUCUGUAUGCAGUAAUGUUAUGUUGUAAUUACUGUAUUUACGAAUUUAGCACCAAAAUAUCACGAUAUAUUGAAAACAUUGACUACAAAAAUGGCUUGGAUAAUCCAGAGGCUUGGAUAAGUGAGGCUUGGAUAAGUGAGACUCUACUGUGUGUGUGUGUGUGUGUGUGUAUGUGUGUGUGUGUGUGUGUGUGUAUGUGUGUAUGUGUAUAUAUAUAUAUAUAUAUAUAUAUAUAUAUAUAUAUAUACACCUACACACACACACACACACAGUAGAGUCUCACUUAUCGAAGCUAAACGGGCUGGCAGAACCUUGGAUAAGCAAAUAUCUUGGAUAAUAAGGAGGGAUUAAGGAAAAGCCUAUUAAACAUCAAAUUAGGUUAUGAUUUUACAAAUUAAGCACCAAAACAUCAUGUUAUACAACACAUUUGACAGAAAAAGUAGUUCAAUAUGCAAUAAUGUUAUGUUGUAAUUACUGUAUUUACGAAUUUAGCACCAAAAUAUCACAAUAUAUUGAAAACAUUGACUACAAAAAUGCAUUGGAUAAUCCAGAACCUUGGAUAAGCGAGUCUUGGAUAAGUGAGACUAUACUGUAAUAGGUAUUUUCACUGUUACCUUUUUUUUGUAAGAGGGAGACUUUGUAUGAUAAAUCAUCUCUAUAGCAUAUGAUGACCAACUAGUCUGUUGGACCUCUGAAAUGAUGACUUCUUGUCUGCAAAUCAAGCAUUGGAUUGCACAAUAAAUACUUUUGAUAGCCUGUCAUGAACAUCCUGCAAGGAGAAGAGCAUGAUUACUGAUAGUUAUUUUAUGGAUACGUGGGAUCUUCAUAUACAACUACAGUAGAGUCUCACUUAUCCAACACUUGCUUAUCCAACGUUCUGGAUUAUCCAACGCAUUUUUGUAGUCAAUGUUUUCAAUAUAUCAUGAUAUUUUGGUGCUAAAUUCGUAAAUACAGUAAUUACUACAUAGCAUUACUGUGUACUGAACUACUUUUUCUGUCAAAUUUGUUGUAUAACAUGAUGUUUUGGUGCUUAAUUUGUAAAAUCAUAACCUAAUUUAAUGUUUAAUAGCCUUUUCCUUAAUCUCUCCUUAUUAUCCAGCAUUUUUGCUUAUCCAACGUUCUGCCGGCCCGUUUACGUUGGAUAAGCGAGACUCUACUGUACUCUAGAAUAUCAGGCUGUCAUAUGCAGGCAGAUAGGGUAUAUGCAUUGCAUCAUCUUUCAUGCACAAAUGCACUUCUGUUCUAUGUAUUCUACAGAAUAUCUCUUUUUGGCACAGAAAUAUCUCUGGAUCAGACUCUGAGAAAUUAGCACAUUACUAGCAGAAAAAGCCAGUGGGUUUUUUUCCAUAGUUUGUCAGGAUGCUGUAGUAUGUACAUGGACUAUCUGUUGCUUCAAUUGUAUUAGGAAACAGAAUAUUCACAUAUGAUAUGUGACUCGCCAUAGUCUUUAUAGCUUCAGCUAUAUAUAUCUAAGAGAUUAGUAGCUCACUAAGAAUGCUUUUAUUGACUGUGCAGUUGGCUUAUUUAAAACCAGAUUACUGUCAUAGAAAGAAAUGUUUCAUCAAUGUGUUAAAAAAAACCUUGAGUUGAAAGACUCAUAAGAGAGUUAACACAAACUGAAGAAGUAUGAAAAUUUAUAACAUACACAAUGUGUUAAUUUGAAAAGUGGAUGAUAGAGGAUUCUAAUUGCAGGGUAGGGUUCUACUUUACUUUAAUUGUCUAUUUCGUGUUAUUGUCAAUUUGAUAAAAAAAAUAUAAUGAAUUAUUUCACCAAACAAAAUUUGCAAAGCGUGAAAGAAUUCCAGAAUUGUCAGCAUCAGCAUCAGCAUUAGCCUUAGCUUUCUUACACUCAAUAAUUGAGAGAAGAUGCCUUAUAGUGAAAUAGCAUAAUUCUAGGUGGCUUUAUGAGUGUGCCCACAGGGAGAUGUUGCCCUCUUCCUCAGGUUUUCAUUUCUUGCAGUAGCAGAAAAAAAAGAGCUUCAAUGGGGAACUAAUCAUGGAGGUAGACUUGAUGUCACGAAGGCUUGAUAAACCCGCCCCUUACUAAAAUUAAUGAAAUUUUCUGUUCCCCUCUUCACACACAUAGCUUGGUGUCUGAAAUGGAGAAUUUUUGUUUAUCCUUCGGUGCUCUUGCUUCCAAUUGCUUAAAUAAUGUAACAGACAAAGAUGACACCCAGAUUCAAAGCCAUGUUUGUGCCAAGUGCUAAAACCAGUUGUUAAAUCAGCUAGAGACAAAACAAAAAAUUGGAUUUAGCUUACAGUUUGAGGAUUUGUUUGAAGCAGUCUAACUUCAUCACCACACUGCAUUAUGUUUUCUUGCUGUUUGUUAAUAAAUUUAAUUAGACAAUGGGCCACUGAGCCACUGUCUUGUGAGGCUUUCCCUUUGGUCGAAUGUAAGUUAACAGCUACAUAGUUUGUAUCUGAAGGCUGAGGUUAACAAUAUCUGUUCAAAUUUCUCCCCGGUGUUCAUAAUGAGACAAAAGGCAUUCCCUUAUUGUGGCAGUAAUUCACACCUUUACAGAUUUAUAUAUUGUUAUUCUUCACCAUAUUAGAAGAUCCAUUUAAAUUGAAAAAGUUAAGUAUGGAGCUAUUUUAAUAUACAUCUUGGAAGCAAUCAUUUGGAGUUUCAAAUUUCUAAUUCAGUUACAGAGUUAAUGAAUAGGUUGUGGGAAGAUUGCUCUGGUGGGUAUAGACUGUAGAAUUUCAUAUUAUCAUACCAAUAGAUUUCUAUUGAGUUUAAGAAACAGUUCCUACUCAGACCUGAGGAGGUUUAGGAAUCAACUAAAUCAAGUGCUGAGGGAUACAACAAUGCUUAGUUUAUUUUAAUUUCUCUUCUCUGUGUAUUAACCUUUACAAAUGGAUUUAAUAGUACAAAAUUAAUAGUACAAAGGUAAAAAUGAAAGACCUCGAGUUCUGAAAUUAAGGACUGAGGAUUGUUAGAUAAUUAUUAAUGUAUAUUGAUAAAUUAUAGAGGAUUAUCUUAUGACUUGCUACCUAUAUGUUAUUUUUGGGAGUUUCAUUAUUAUACAUAAAUAUUUAUGAGGUAUAAGGAAGUCCCACAUGCUUUUAAUAAGAUUAUUCUACAUGCUUGAAGGCUAAAUGAAGUAGCACCAUUUAGACAAACUUUUAAAAUGUAGUAGAAAUAGUACAUUUACAAACUGAAGCUGUGGUCCUGCCAGGUCAUGUGAAAACUACACCAGGAUGAACAGUGGCUCAUACAUUAAUACAGGUGACACAUCAUCAGUAUCUGUAGAAACAAUAGACAGUUCAAUAGUACAAUCAAAGAGGACGUAAUAUCAGCUAGGUGAUGCUCCUGAAUCUCUUUGAUGUAGGAAUCAUAGCUUGCUGUUGUGGCACUGAAUGCCUGUUAUGAAUUUAGACGGAUCUGCGUGCUUCAAUCCUGUCUUGCUUGGCCUUGAUCAUCUCCACACUGGUAAGAUCCAGGUCACACAUGUGUAGUGCAAUCUAUGUGGGGAUGUCUUUGUUUAAUACACAAAAGUGACAUUACUGUCUAGAAUCAAGCACUGUAGUACCAAUAGGUGUCACAGUAGCACUAUAGCCAUUACUGGGCCAAAUUCAAAGUGUAGCAUUAGUUUUAUGGCACGUGGACAAUCUCUAUACAGUGUGGCCUAGAAGAUUACUCUCCCUCACUCCAUUAACUUUCUGGAUUUGUUGUUCAUGUAUCUUCUCCCCAUUGCAAUGCAGUUGUGAAAAAAUGAUUUCUAGUAAAUUUUGUAUAUAAUGAAUGAUCAUUAAUAUUGAAAUACAAGAGAUUAGUACAAGUAUACCAUCAUUAACAAAGCAUCUGACAAGGGUAUAUGUAGAAUGAAUGCAGUUGGGUAACACUUUAACUGCUAUGAAAUUAUUGGAGUUGAGGUUCUUACAAAGACUUUUUGCAAGAGCCACCAAGCCUCAGAGCCAGCCCAAGGUAAUUUUCAAGUGUAAGCAAACAGAAUUUUGCCCCCCCCCCCCCCCAAUCACGGAAACCAAUCACGGAAAAAUAAAAAAAAUAAAAACCGGGAAAUCCAGACAGGAAACAAUCAGGGCCAGCUAAAACCUCCCAACCAAGGAUGCCCCCAGAGUGGAAGCAGCCAGGCUUUGAAUCUGCAAGGCCAUUAAGUGCUAAUCAAGCUGGCCAUUUGCAACAUUCACAUUUGCCUCCAACAGACAAGAGUUCUUUUUCCUACCCUGAACAUUCCACAGAUAUAUAAAAUCCCACUUGCCCCAUUUAACUCCAACAGACAGAAGCAUCGAUUUCUCAGUUGCUUGGGGACAAAUAGAAUGAUCAUUGCUCAAGAUGUCUAUCGAGUGGGUGGAGCGAACAGGGCAUGAACACAGAUGGUAGCUAUUAAUCAGAAAUGGUAAUAUUUCAAUUUACUAUUACAGUAUAUUACAGUAUAUGGUAGUGGAAACUCAUGUAAUCCAAUUUAAGGCAGAAAACCUGGGAUCAGAUCUUGGGAUAUAGGGCCUGUCUGGAAGGGCCCUUAAAUUGGGAUAUGAGUCCCCACUGCCAGAUCACCUGGAAUAUAGGGGUAGUGUGGAAGGGGCCCAACCUGCCCAAAUCCUCCUCCUCUCUAGUCUUCUAACAGAUCACAAGAGCUGGAUAACAUCAAGGAGGCAAGGCUGCUUAAUGGAAAACAUCUGUACCCUAUCCCCUCUCCACUACCUUCCCUCCCAAAGUGAUUUUUUAAAUGGUCUGCUUACUAUUUAUAUUAUUAUUAUUAUUAUUGAAAGCAUGGGGAGGGGAGCUGAUUCUGGAGUGCUGAAACAUGAGUCAAAGAACAUGAAAGGCACUGCAGACUAACUCAACCAGAGAAAUCAGCCAUAGCAGAACACUUGAUGAACCAACCUAGACACAGUAUAUUAUCUGAGAACACAGAAAUGCUUGACAAUUCAAACAACUAUCAUGUCAGACUACACAGAGAAGCCAUUGAAAUCCAGAAGCAUGUGGACAACUUCAACAGAAAGGAGGAAACCAUGAAAAUGAACAAAAUCUGGCUACCAGUAUUUUUUUAAAAAAACUCAAAAAUCAGAACAGUAAAUAAGAAGCAACACUCUGAAAACAGAGGAGACAUGAAUCAACUAGGGGCAGCUAACAACUCGGAACAAAGGAUGCCCCCAGGCAGGAAGAAGCCAGGAGAUGAAGCUAUUCAAUGCUAAUUAAAGUGAUUAACUACAACAUUCACACUGGCCUCCAACUGACAAGAGUUCUUCUCUCGCCCUGGACUUUCCACAGAUAUAUAAACCUUCUUUGCAUAGUUUCUCCAUACUUCAAACCUCUGAGGAUGCCUGCCAUAGAUGUGGGCCAAACGUCAGGAGAGAAUACUUCUGGAACAUGGCCAUACAUCCCGGAAAACAUACAACAACCCUUGAUAGAAAUAAUUGAUAAACUUUUGAAAAAGUUAUGAUACACCAGACACCUUUGUGACUUUUGUCCCACUCUACUUUUUUCCCAACUGGAGGUGCACUUCCUUUCAGGGCAGAGAGUGAUCCCCACCAGAGUCCCAAAGGAGCUCCAACCUUAGGAAGGCAGAGGGCGAGGGGCUGCCCUGCUCCAGAGACCUCCCUUCCUCAGCUCAGUUGGUGAAGGGAGGAAGGAAGGAGGGGAGGGGCGGGGAGAGCCCUUGGCCUUUCUCCUUCCACAGUGGCAAGAUGUAAACAGUCGAGGCGCCAGGGAAGCCUGCGGGGAAGAGGCGGCUGAGCAGCAUACCUUGCCGGGGGGCUUCUCUUGGGGGGGGGGGGGGCUCCAUGACAUACACACAAAGCAGCAGCAGCAACAACAACUCCAGCCCCUGGGAAAGGCAGGGACGAUCCUUGACGUAGAAGAGACGCUUCUCCUGGGCAAGUGGGAACAUGUUUCCGCCCUACGAGGCUUGGGGAAGAUGGAGGGAGGGGGGUGAUGUGCCUCCUCCCAGCAGCAGGAAUUUGGCCCCAAGCAGAGCAGGGCAGAGCAGAGUAGCAACCCCUGUGGGAGGAAACCUCCUGGGAGCCCUGCAGGACUGGGCCAGACGUGUGCAGGCCUUCCAAUUGACCCCACAGUUGAUUGAAAGGCCUGUGCACACGCACAGGCCCAUUGAUGGGCGGGGAGCGAGCAACAGCGAGGGAGAGUAGGAGGGUGGCCGUGUGGCUGGGCCUUCUGCCGCCUCGACAGUGCCCCCGCAUGGUCUGCGCCACAAGCGACGGAUUAAUUGGCCUUAAUGUUGGACCACCUCUGCCAAGCCUCCCCUUUUCUUUUUUUCUAAUCUGCCUAUAAGUUCCCUCCUUCCUUCCGUUCUCUUUCUCUUUCUCUUUUUCUUUCUUUCUUUCUUUCUUUCUUUCUUUCUUUCUUUCUGUUGGUAGCAUUGGUGCUGUGAAAGUGAGAAAAAGGGCUGGAGAAAGACUUUUUUUACUGCAACAUUUGUCUGCAGUAAAACAGUGCAUUAAAGGUUUGCCUAGGAAAUUAUGAGACUUUAGAUCAGUGGUUCCCAAACUUAUUUGGCCUACUGCCCCCAUUCCAGAAAAAAUAUUACUCAGCGCCCCCUGGGAUUUUUUUUAAAUUUUAAUAGCAAUUAAACAGAAAGAUAUAUGUAUUAAUGUUCCUACCCUUUUCAUAAAAUAUAGUAAAGAAAGGUGUAAAUUAGAAACAUUGAAGUUUGAAAUUAUGAAACUAUUUUUUGAACUCAGAAUAGAAAGGUAAUACAAAAAAAGUUAAAACCUGUGGCCACUUUGGGAAUCACUGCUUUAGAUGAUCCUAUUGUUGCCUGCAUACAACAGGCAAGGACAGUGUCUACCUCCAAAGCCCUCUAAUAAGCAAGUAUGAAGAGUAAAAUAGAAAGUAAAAGGGACAGCAGAUUAGUUUGCUUUAUCAUGUGUCCUGGUAGACGGAUAAGGCAUACAUUUGUAAGUUUUAUAAUUUGAAAUCAUACAAAAAGUGGAAGCUAUUGGAAUAAAAGAAAUAAUUAUCCUGGUAUGCAUUUUGAAAGAUGUGUUACUUAUGGAAAUCUUAGCUGACCUAAUUAUUUCAUUUCACAUGUACACAACAAAAUGUUUAUUUUGAAUGAAAGUCUUGCUGAAACAUGUUAAACUGCUCUUAUUUUUUGUGUUGUAGGAACUUAUUCCUAUUCUUUCUGUGUUACUACUAGUGCCAACGUUGCUCUUAACGAAAAAAUGCCAGUAAACAAAUCCAUUUUAUUCAUUGAGGUAUAGCUGUACUUCCUAUGUUCUUUAAACAAAACAAAAGGGAAAAAAAACUAGUUUUUAUGAAGCCUGGAAGAAACAACAGCCCCCUGCCCAAAAGCCUGGAUAAUAGAAUCAUAACAUUGAUUGUUUACUGUUUAUAGUCUUUGUCUAUUUAAAGUUCACUUAUGCCUCAAGAGCCUGAUUUGCUAAGGGAAGAAUCGUUACACUUAGACAAGUCUGUCUAUAUUGUAACUGUGCUAGGGAAACAUGUUGUGAAACCAGCUGCCAUGAAAUUGAAUUACAGGUGUUGCAUUCUUCACUGAUCAAAUUGCUCCAUAAUAUUGUGAUCUUUUUCAUUUUGUUUUGAACAAAUAACUGCAAUUUUCUAGGAUCCAAAGAAAUCAUGAAGAAUGUAGUUGAGGUUGUUUAAGGCUUCCAUUACAACAGGAAAUUAUCCAUGCUUCUCUGCAGUAUGGCUCCCUGCCUAUUAACCUUUCAAUUGUACUUUGGCUUGGAGAGAGAUAACAUGGUUGGAGGUUUCUUGUACAUUGUGUGCAUCCAGCAUUUUGGAUGGUUCAUUCAAGAUUCCUGUCAGUAAGGCCAUUAUGAUUUAUUUAUUACUUUUAUAGGUGAAUUUAAGGUAGUUUGAGUAAAAGUAAUUUGAGUAAGGUAGUUUGUAUGGGAAUGCCUUAUAGUAUGAAAAAUAAUUACUAGCUGAAAUUUAUUUUGUAAAAAAAUACAUUCACAAAUAUUUGUUUCAGUGAAUUCUGAAAAAAGUAAAAGAGUAAAUAUGUCCUAAUGCUUACAAAAUCUUAGACAUACAGUAAUAACUUGACAUACAGUAAUAACUUGACACCUGGAAACUGGGAGUCUUCAGGGAGGAGGAGAGAUAGGGAAAAGCCCCCCUGCUCCUUCACUAGCCCAAAGGAGCUUGCUGAUGGGGAAAGGAACAUUUCUUCUGCCUCUGCUUUCUUCCUUCUCCUCAACUUUUGAACAGUAGGUCAAUUUUAAUCACCAUCCAGUCUCAACUAUUUACUACCCUAACCCUCAGCACUUUGCCCUAUUCCUGAAUCUCAUUGCCUUGUGUUUUUGCACAUGACUGCCUUCCCUGUAAUUUCUUAAUAGCCCCACCGUUUAGUCCUGAUGCUCGCUAUGUAUAUUAUGAAGAAUAUUUUACUGUUAUUGUUUUAAUUAUAUAUGCUGUUAUAUUGUUUUAUCUGUUGAUCGGGUUUGGUCCCCAUGUGAACCACUCUGAGUCUCCUCGGGAAGAUGCAAGCACGUUAUAAAUAAAGUUUUAUUAUUAUAUUAUUAACUCCCACUACGUCCCUCCCUCCUUCCCUCCUCCUCAGCAGUGGUUGAUGAAGGGGAUGCUCAUACCUCCUUCUCCUCACCCAUAAGUUCCUGCUCCCCUCGUGGCCAUGCCACCUGGAAGUGGAGGAAAAAAAUGAAGGGUGGUGAAGAGGGAAAAAGUGGCAGGGGGGUUCGAGAGGGACUUUUUGAAGUUGAGACUGUGGAGGAGGUGGAGGCCACAAAAAAGAAAUACUAUAUCUAGCUUGUAACUUAGAUCUCUGCCCAUAUCUUGAAGCAAAAAAUGAGCCAAGUGACAGCUUGUAUCUCGAAAAACUAACAAGUUGGAUUACUCGUAAGUCAAGGUAUCCCGUUAUAUGUUUUGUUGAAUUAUCAAUUAGCCCAAAACCCUGCAUUCGGCCAGAAAUUGAACCCUGAUGUAUAGACAAUGCACAGGUCUGUGACACAGAGUGAAAUGGGUUAAUCUGGUUUCACCUUGUGAUACAUAAAGUCAGGGAAUUUCAGCAAAACUCUGAAGUAGCCCCAUACUUAGAGGCUAGAGUGGGCAACAGCACCUGCUCCCAUGUGUAAUGGUCAGCUGCCCAUAUGAGCUGGUGCCAUAUUAACCACCUAUUUCAUGUACUUGGUGGCAUAGAAAAAAUAAGAUAUUUCAAGCCUGUAUUGUUUAUAUCAACAUGAUAGCUGGCCCAAAAGCUCUGGAAAACUCCAUGUGCCUUUGCUGAUAUCAGAAAAGGCACCCAUGUGAUUGAGGAGAAUGAGGAGAUGUCCCCGCUCAUUCUCCUUGGUUGUGGCUUCUUUUUAUCAACAAAAACACCCAGCAAUGGAGAAGAAAUAUCCAGAGCUUUCCAGCUGGUCAUGGUAGCAAAAGAGAUUACAGGUCAGGUAAGGAUGACAGUUCAGUGGAACUCGGCUACUUUUAGUUUAAGUGGAUGGACUCUGUGCCUGCCAAUACUGUGGGUUGGGGUCAGAGUGUUUGAACAGCUCUGUAGAAUCUGGGUCUGGUUUUGAAUAUUUCUGCUGCUGCACAGCUACAAAUAUUUAAUGUACAUGUAAGUUAGCCCAUAAUCUUUUCAGAAUUAAAUAUCUAAAGGGGAUGUGGAAAUGAACUAGCAAUGAAACCCAAAGAAAGGUUUCAACAUCUAAGCAAUUUCUUUAUUAAUGCUAAAAUAAAAAAUAGAAAUAAAAAAUCUAUGUAUUUCGUAAGAAUGUUUAGAACUGGAUUGAAACAUUCUUGGUUUCCCAUUAUAAUUAUUUUUUAGCCUUAUAGUCUUGCCAAAGUCUUUUUCAUUUCAGUGCUCUCUAGAUAGUUUUGAUAUGGUCCACCAGAACUGAUAGAAAUUGUAAUCUAAACCAUUUCCCCAAAUUAGAGAGUGAAAUAGAUUUACUGGAAAAAGAACUGUUCUACACAAUGUUGUCUGGUUCAGCAUAUUUGGUUUAAAUGUUAUAUUCAUAUACAUUCAAAGCUGUGGCAAUUACUUCAUUGGAAUAUUUCCAAUAACAUAAAAAUGAUAACAUAUACUUUCCUGAUAUUUAAUGAAAAAUGAUGACCUCUGGAAGAACACUAUUUUUUAGGACACAUACCUACUUGACAUCACUUAUAUCAACAGUUUAACUUUCUUUUGCUGGGAUAAAAUGCAGUACCUUUAGCUUUCACUCAUUCUCUGCAAUACUUAUCAAUUUCAUUUGAAAAUGAGAAAAUUCUGAUUUAGUACAAGUAAACAUUUAUUGAACAUUUUAUUUCAGUAAAGAAUGAGCAUGUGUUUGUAGGCAACUUAUGUAACUUAUCACAUUUUGUCUUAAACACUUGUAUUUGUGACUGAUUGAUAAGCAAUCAAUCCCUUGAAGAAUAGUAACAACUUCAUAUCCUGUAUUUAUCUAUGUAACAUGAUUGAUUGCAGUGCAACAGCACAGUCAGCUAAGAUAAAGAGAUGUGUAUGUGUUUGUGUGCUGUUGAAGCUUUUCCACAGAAAAACAGAGCAUGCACAUCUCUGAAAAUAGCUAUGCGACUCCAUAAAUUGCCAUGGGCAACUUGGAACUCAUAUUCUUAUCCCUGCACCUCUGAACUACUUGUCUAUACAGUACCAAAAAAUUGGAGCAUACAAAAGAAAACACUUAGGUUAAACAUACACUUAAUUUUCACUAUUUCCCCUCAUUCCUUGUGUCAGCUUUACAAAUAAUUUCCAACAUAGGAACAACUUAAGUAUAGCGAAUACAUGGCUUGAGAGCAUUAGCUUUUGUGGUAUCUAGCAGAAAGCCCCAGCCAUUCUGGUUACUGACUGUUAUGUAUGAGUAGAUGAUUGAAUUAGAUACGUGUAGAUACAUAACAUUAUAUGCAGCAUUAUGCAAAUAACAUUGAUAACAGUUCUGUAGUAUAUUUGUCAAUAUCUCUCUCUAAUUCAUGUUGUUCUCCCUUUCAUGUUACAACUUCUGUUAUCUCUCUUUUCCCUUUUUUCAUUUUAAUUUCCCCAGUGUUUAUUUGAUUGCAACUCUUAUAUCGCACACAAAUAAGAUUUCUUUUCUUUUUUCUUUUUGCACUCUCUAAGCAUGCAUGCAAAAUGUAUACAGAGAGCACAAUGAGUGAUAAAGGAGAAUGGGAGGCUUGUAAAUACUUUCAUAAGCUCAUCCACCACUGUUCUUUAUCUCAAUGCUUGUCAGACACAAUCCAAGUAACUUUCAUUGUGCAGAUAUGCAACAUUGCUUUGGGACGUGGUAGGUGUUCAGUCUCCAAAACACCGUGGUGCACUAUUCAGUCCUGUGGGAAUCUUUUACUUUAUUCCAUUUACUUCUGUGUUUGUUCAUCACCCCACAGUCUGCCAUGAAUCUCUGGCAGCAAACAAAAACUGAUAAAAAGAAUUCAUUAAAACAGACUUAAAUAACAUUUUUAAAGUUUUUAAAAACAUGUAUUUUAAAACAAUUUCAAAAGCUGAUUCUGGUUUUGAGGAUCAAAGCCAAGUGAAACAAUAAACCAUGUAUUCUAAUUGUCUCAGUUGGUGGGCUAAUCAAGUGCUUUCCAUCUAAGAAAGCUGAGGUGUUGGGGAUUAUUGGCUAUUUACUAGUGGGGGAAAAGAAAAGAAAAAUCUUAGAAAAGGUCAGGAUAGCAGAUAAUAGAUGACUGUAGAGUUUGACAUUUGUCCAGUGGACACAAGAUGAAUGAAUUGUUGUCAUAACAUUUUGCUCUUUUUCUUCUAGAGAUAUCUUCCUAGAAUACCCAGCAGUUUAAAUCAAAAGUGAUCUUGACUUGCCUGUCUUUCACUAUCAAAUAAUGUCAGAUAACUUGUCCUGGCUUAUUUGGCCAUCUAUUCUUCUAAUGAGAGUGCCCAUAGGUUCUUUUAUCUCAGUUUUGAUAGACUGGCUUUUCAAGCAUAUGUUAAAUCAGUAGAUCAGACUCCUGCUCUUCAUAUUCAUUAGAUCAAAUGUCUAAGUCUAAUUUCGCCUUUUUGUCAUUGGGGAGAUCUACCCUGACCUGUUAUUUUGGGGUCAAUCCAAUGUAGCAUAUGCUGGAACAUAACACUCCCUCCAGGCACUGUGGAUUCGGGAGGGAUUUCUGACCACUCAGCAGCACUGAAUCUCAUUCGGUUCUGCCAGACAGUUCCCCUUACAAUCCCCUCCCACUCUCUGUGUUAAGGUGGCCUCCAAGUGUGAUAGGCUCUACUGGUCAGUCAGCGCCUUUGGUGAUGUUGGACAGGGUGAAAGGAUCAUGGUGGAGGGGAGAAAGAACAAAUAACCUCCCCCUUCCUCAAUUGCCCUAUUUGCCUGACCAGCAUUACUCCAAUGUCACUCUUGGUGAUGGCCAACUGGCAGGACCUAUGUCACACCUGGAGUCCACCACAACAAUAUGGUUUUUGUCACAUGGAAUGGUGAAAUGGAUUCAUACAGUAUGUUGACUCUGACGCCAGCAAUUUAUGGUCAAUAGGUUGUGGUGGGGCUUCUAGAGUGGGUCUAUCAGUUGUUUUGCUAUGGGGUUUGUUGUUGUUGUUUUUGUAUGUCUUGGAGUAGUAUUUGCUCCCUUUACUUUUGAGUGUGAGGCUGCUUUGGAUAUGGUGGCUGUUCCACCAGCAUUGCCACAAUAUGCUUCACAUCCUUGGACAAUGUGGAUAUUUCAUGGUUGUAUAACUCACAUUAAUCAAGCAUGCAUUCUUGGUUCAUAUUCUACAAUACUGUAUCUACUUAUAAUGAAAUAACCCUUGUCAACACAGUGACAUUUACUUCUCAGUAGGGAUGCAUAAGCUUUCACUGUAUCUUAGUCUGAGGUUCUUAAUAGGUUUCUAAUUCUGAUAUUCUCUUUGAAUUGUUUUGCAUGUAAUUUAUUUAUAGCAAUGCUUGUAUGUUGACAGAACUACAUGGCUACCCUAAUUCUGUACUACCUUUCUGAAGCUCAUAUCCUGUUUGAAGCACAGGUUCCAGUAUCCAUGGAAUGGUAAUUCUAAUCUCUAUUCAUCCUUGCGAGUAUAAAAUUAAUCAUGUGUAUGAUCUCAUAUAUAAUUGUAUGUGUUUGAUUCUAAACCUAUGCACCUUGCUUCCAGACAAACAUAUUUAAUAUUAGGUCAUCUUUCCAAUGUGGUUUAGUAAAUGUGACUUUUGCAUGGUACUCAUCUAUGUGCAUUCAUAGUUGCAUACUCACACAGUCUACUACCAGGAAGUUGUUACAUUGUUUCCACAUGCCCCAAGAUAACAAUUGAAAGUUUAUCAUGUUGUUUCUACUGGAAUAACUGAGAGCAAUGGCCAACCUCAAUAAAAUAGGGAAAUGCAGAGACAUCACACUGACAACAAAGGUCCGCAUAGUUAAAGCAAUGGUAUUCCCCAUAGUAACCUAUGGUUGCGAGAGCUGUACCAUAAGGAAGGCUGAGCGAAGGAAGAUAUAUGCUUUUGAACUAUGGUGUUGGAGAAAAAUUCUGAGAGUGCCUUGGACCACAAGAAGAUCCAACCAGUCCAUCCUCCAGGAAAUAAUGCCCAGCUGCUCACUGGAGGGAAGGAUAUUAGAGGCAAAGAUGACGUAUUUUGGCCACAUCAUGAGAAGGCAGGAAAGCGUGGAAAAGAUCAUGAUGCUGGAGAAAAUGGAAGGAAAAAGGAAGAGAGGCCGACCAAAGGCAAGAUGUGUGGAUGGUAUCCUUGAAGUGACUGGCUUGACCUUGAGGGAACUGGGGAUGGCGACGGCUGACAGGAAGCUCUGGCGUGGACUGGUCCAUGAGGUCACGAAGAGUCGGAAGCGACUGCUUGAAUGAAGAAGAAGGAAUAACUGAGAGUGACCAAGGGUAGUAAAAGUAAUACUGUUUGACACCACUUUAACUUCCAUGGCUCAAUGUUAAGGAAAUAUGAGAGUUGUAGUUUGGUGAGGUGCCAGCACUAUUUUGUAGAGAAGGCUAAAGAUUCUAUAAAAUGACAACUUCCAUAAUUCCAAAGUGGUUUCAAAUUGCAUCAAUUUUACAGUGCAGAUGUGCCAUAAGUGAUAUUAUUUGUGUUAUAUUUAUUCAGUGUUACUCAUGUCAGAAAUCCAAAUGAGUGUUAGCAUUUUUCUUUCUUUCUGUGAUGUCUGUUGUACAAUAGGGGAAAGUUAUGCUGAAUCCAAGGAACUCACUUGUUAGUUCAACUUUUUUUCUUAGCUAAUGUAGUCUGUCAUGGUCUCUUGAAAUUUUUCUUUUUCCCCUUAUAAGAUACUUCAUUAUUUUGUUUGCAAAAUAUAUUCAUGAGUUAAAGUGUACUAUAUUUGUGAAAGUCGGUACUGGAAAGUAUAAGUUGUUUUCUAAUUACAGCAAAAUAAAUUCUCCAGGUCAGACGAAUGAAAGUGUCACAUCUAUAAUGCACCCAAUGUUAACAUCAUUUGGAUUAUCUGAAGCACUUAUUUUGAUUGCAUAUUAGAUAUGAUCUGAAAGAAGCAACAGAAAAUAACCUUAUUUCUUCAGAGAAAACAUUGUCCACUCCACUGUUUUCUAUGUUACCUGCAUCACUCUGCCAUUCUUCAUAUCUUUUUUCCUAUCUGAAUUUUCAAGGUGGUCUUUUCCUUCUCCAAGUGAUCAGUUUUGAAGCCAAUUUUAAAUACCACCUGAUCUUAAUAUUUUAUAUAACAUUUCUCAAUUCUGAGGCCAUUUUUAAAACAAAUAUUAAACAUAUAACUGCCUAAAUGAAAAACAAAUCCAGAUUAGUAUAUUGGGCACUGUAGUGACAUUGUGUCAGAUAAUAGAAAACAUUUUUCUCCAAAGCAAUGACUUUACCACCCAUCAACUGUUUGGAGGAACGAAAAGCGGUCUCCCCUCCAUGCACAGCAGAGGUAGUUUUCUAUCAAUUAGUGUUUGGUGGAUUGAGUAAAAUAAAAGGAAUGUUACAUUUUAUGUCGUUGUCCAUUAGAAAGGUGAUUGGGAUGCUAAAGGACAAUGAAUGUCCUGAACGAUCUGAGGACAAUAAAGAAGAGAUCAACAACAAAUUUUGGAUGUGAAUGAAGAGCAAGAUAUAUUGCCAUAGGAAUGGGGAGGAAAAUGAACAAGAUCAUGCAAAGUUCAAACUAGGUUAGGAAACUAAAAUUAUAUUACAUAGGAUGAAUAGGGAGAUGCCAGACGUGGCAUAGCUCUAACAUUAGAUGAAGAGUUCAAAAAGCAAAUGGAUGAAGACUAAAAACACUGGAAGUAUUAAAAUUAUAAGAAUGCUGAAGCUGUGGAAGAAGAACUUAGGAAUGAGACUGGGGAAGAUUAUUAGCAAUCUAUCAGGGAGGAGGUUGAGCUCAAGAUAGGGAAAGGUGAUGGAAAUUCAUAUUUAAAAUACAAGUAAGUUGUUUGUCUCAAUUUAAAUAUUGAUUAAAAUUGAAUUUACACUUCAGCAUUGCUUGAGAAAGUGAUCAAGACGUCAGAAAGACUUUGUUUGAUUUUUACUUUUUAUUUGUCAAGACUGGAGUUAAAAUUUGAGACUGCAAUAGUUUUAAAGGAAUACUUAUGUAAAGUGUUACUAAAGUAUACAUAUUUAUGUUAAGAACUAUAAUAUGGAUAACAACUCCAGCAGCAUUUGAGAACAUUAUCAAGACGUUAGUAAAAAAUUUUUUGUUUGGUUUCAUUUACCUUAUGUGUCAAGACUGAGAGUAAAACCUGAAACUGCAACAGGUUUAUAGGUAUACUUAUGUGAAGUGUUGCCAUAUUAUACAUUUAUGUUAUGAGUUAUACAAUUCCAGUUGCAUAAUAAUAUAAUUAUUGGAUACUUAAUUUAGAAUAUACGUUGCUUUUUCAGAACAAAUUCUGCAAAUAGAUUAACAUUAGUUGUUGAAUAUACAACAGGGACAGGGUUAUGAUUUAUCACUGACUUCGUUUAAAUCCAGUUCAGAUUUAAGUAGAUACGUCACCACAAUCCCUUUCUUAUACAAGUUGGAUACGAGUUGGUAUUUAUUUAUUUCCCUAAUUUCUAUCCCGCCCUUCUCACCCAAAGGGACUCAGGGCAGCUCACAGUCUGGCAAAAAUUUAAUGCCAAUAUACAAUACAAAAAGAUAAAACAUAAGCAAUUAAAACAAUUGGAUAAUUUAACAAAAUACAAUAAAUACAUUUAAAACAAUAGAAUAUAAAAUACUUGAACCGUUCGUCUGCAAAACCUUGUACAUGAACCAUAAUCCGGACCGAGUUGAAGCCAACAGAAUUCACUCAUCAAACGCUUGCUCACAAAGCCAAGUCUUCACUUUUUUCCUAAAACUCAGAAGGGAUGGAACCUGCCAGAUAUCACUGGGGAGGGAGUUCCACAGCCGAGGAGCCACCACUGAGAAGGCCCUGUCUCUCCUCCCCAUCAGCCGCACUUGUGAGACAGGUGGGACUGAGAGCAGGGCCUCCCCAGAUGAUCUUAAAGUUCUCGUAGGCUCAUAGGAGGAGAUACGUUCGGACAGGUAAGUUGGACCGGAACCGUUUAGGGCUUUGUAGGCCAAGACCAGCACUUUGAAUUGGGCCCGGUAGCAUAUCGGCAGCCAGUGGAGCUGGCUCAACAAGGGAGUAGUGCACUCCCUGUAUCCAGCUCCAGUUAUUAAUCGGCUGCUGCCCAUUGUACUAGUUGGAGCUUCCGGGCCAUCUUCAAAGGCAGCCCAACAUAGAGCACGUUGCAGUAAUCCAAAUAGGAUGUAAGCAGAGCGUGGACCACCGUGGCCAAGUCAGACUUCCCAAGGUACGGGCGCAGUUGGUGCACAAGUCUUAGUUGUGCGAAUGCUCCCCUGGCCACCACUGAGACCUGGGGUUCCAGGCUCAGCGAUGAGUCCAGGAGAACACCCAGACUGCGAACCUGUGUCUUCAGGGGGAGUGCAACCCCAUCCAACACAGGCUGCAACCCUAUACCCUAUUCAGCCCUGCGACUGAUCAGGAGGACCUCUGUCUUACCUGGAUUCAAUUUCAAUUUGUUCACCCUCAUCCAGUCCGACACAGCGGCCAGACACCAGUUCAGGACCUGGACAGCUUCCUUAGUGACAGGUGGGAAGGAGUGACAGAGCUGGACAUCAUCUGCAUACAGAUGACACCUCACCCCGAAACUUUGGAUGAUCUCUCCUCGCGGCUUCAUGUAAAUGUUAAACAACAUGGGACAAUACAGAGCUCUGCGGGACCCCACAAGACAAUGGUUGUGGGGCCGAGCAGGUGUCCCCCAAUGACACCAUCUGGGAUCAACCCUCCAGGAAGGACCAGAGCCACUGCAAAACAGUACCCCCGAGACCCAUCUUGGCAAGGCGCACCAGAAGGAUACCAUGACCGAUGGUUUCGAAGGCCGCUUAGAGGUCCAGCAGAACCAGCAAGGACACAUUCCCCCUGUCCAGUUCCUAGCGUAGAUCAUCGACUAAGACGACCAAGGCUGUCUCGGUACCAUGCCCCGGCCUGAAGCCACACUGUGCCGAAUCUAGAAAAUCAGUGUCUACCAAGAAUGCCUGGAGUUGUGCAGCCACCACACGUUCCACAACCUUGCCCAAAAAGGGGAGAUUGGAAAUGGGCCGAAAGUUAUCCAAUUGAGUGGGGUCCAGUGAUGGCUUCUUCAACAGCAGUUUGAUCACAGCCAAUUUGAGGCUUGCUGGAAAAAUGCCUUCACCACCACCUUCACCCACUUGGCCAAACCCCCUCUGGCUUCCUUUAUCAGCCAGGAUGGGCAGGGGUCUAGGAUGCAUGUGGUAGCCCUCACCUCUCCAAGCACCUUGUCCACAUCCUCAGGCUGAACCAAUUGAAAAGAAUCCAUCAAAAUAGGACAAGCAGGUGCUCGUGUUACAUCUUCGGAGACUGCCAGAGACUGUCAAAGCCAGAGCGGAUCAGAGCGACUUUGUCCGCAAAGAACCGAGCAAAUGCUUCGCAGCGGGCUGCCGAGUUGUCAGGGAUCCUGUCUUGAAUGACAGGAUUUAACAACCCUUUGACAACUCAAAACAGCUCCGCCGGAUGGUUCUUUGCGAAUGCAAUAUUAGCUGUAAAGAAAGUAUUCUUUGCAGCAUUUAUUACUGUGGCAUAUGCCCUAAGGUAGGCAUCCAGCCAUGUUUGGUCUGAUUCAUUCCACUUUGAAUGCCACACGUGCUCUAGUUCCCUCUUCUUUCACUUCAUCGCUGACAAAUUCUCAGUGAACCAAGGAGCUGGUUUAGCUCAGGUACUCGAGAGGGGAUGUUCCGGAGUGAUCGUGUCUACUGCUCUGGACAUCUCCCCAUUGCAGAGAGAGACCAGGGCAUUGACAGGAUCACCAACCGAGGUGGCGGGAAAUUCCCCAAGAGCUGUCAGGAAUCCAUCUGGAUCUAUAAGCCUCCUGGGGCGGACCAUUUUAAUUGGUCCUCAACCCCUGUGGAGUCUUGGGGGGCGCAGUAAGUCUAAACCUGAUCAGGUGAUGGUCAGUCCAUGGCAAUGGAGCGAUGUUAAGCUUCUCCACACCGCCACCUUCCUCCCAUCCCUGGCAGAAAACCAAGUCUAGUGUGUGUCCUGCCCUGUGGGUGGGACCAGAUACCAGUUAGGACAGCACCAUGGUUGCCAUGGUGGCCAUGAAGUCCUGAGCCGCUCCAGUUAGAAUGGUCUCGGCAUGGACAUUGAAGUCCCCCAGCACUAAGAGCUGCUGGGACUCCAACACCAGGCUCAAGACCACCCCCGCUGGCUCAGGUAGGGAGACUGUAGUGCAGCAGGGUGGACGGUACACUAGCAGAAUCCCUAAUCUUUCCCAGUCACUCACCCUCAGGUGGACACAUUCAAACAAGGUUGACUGUGGGAUGGGGCACCUGGUCAAGGGGAUAGAGUCCCUAUAGACCACUGCGACACCGCCUCCCCAUCCUCCGGAUCUUGGCUGGCACUGCACGGAGUACCCGGGAGGACAGAGUUGGGUGAGAUUAGCCCCACCUGCCUCAUCCAACCAGGUCUCCGUUAUGCACGCCAGGUCUGCCCGUUCAUCCAAGAUGAGGUCUUGGAUUAUUGCUGUUUUUCCAUUUACAGACCUGGCGUUCAACAGCACCACCUUUAAUCGGGAGGAAUCACCAACUUGGGUAUCCAAGUUUACUAUAUCAGGAGGCUGUUUUAAAUCUACAAGAAAUCUCUUCCUCUCCCUAAGCCAAAUCAAUUUUGGCCUCCCUUUCCCGUAUCUCCCCCUCCCCUGAAUUACCUCUAUGGGGGCCCCUCGGCUAGUGGACACCCCCCUCCCCCUACAUGGCCCCUCUCCCCUUCUUCCGUCAUUGGACUGGCACUAGGUUUCAAAUGUAAACCAAAACCCUGUUUAAAUUCCUCUCCCCACUCCCCCCACUUGGGAGUUACUAACGUGAAGUGCACUAUGAAGUUCUUUAAGUCCCUCCCUUUUUGCUUGUUCCCGAAAGUGCAAAGUGCUAAGGGUGGGGGGGGGAUCCAGUUCAUAAGUAGUUAAGAUAGAAUCACUGGGGUGGGGGAGGCAGAACAACAAGCUAAGGUACAGUAAUAAAAUCACAAUUAAAGUGCCAGAAGCUUUAGCUCUUACUAUAGCGUUAUACAGUUCUUUAAAUGAAAAAGUGACUUUGUGCUUCGACAUAACCUCGGUCAGAAUAUGGCUGUUCUGUAGGUCAAUAAUAAGGCACAUAAUAAGGCACACCCUCCCCAAACCUCUCAGGCAACCCACCCCAACCCCCCACUCAUGGCUCCAAAUUGAUAAGCUAAACACAGUUCAUAGCAACAUGAAAAAAAUUCAUCAUAGAAUGUUAAAACAAAUCAUUAUAACAGCUAGAUAAAGUGCUUAGUCCAGAUGGUAAUCAAUAAGGUGAUAGCAGUGCAUCUCUAGAUGGAGCAGGAUGUUAAAGCAGUCCAGUGGAAGAUUGGGUAGGGAGACAACGCACAGGCCCCAUCAGUCUAGGUGGAUUAGCAGUCUAGGUGGAUUAGCAGGCUGACUCACCAACCAGCAGGGGCCAAAGAUGGAAAUGUGCCUUCAGUCUACUCACAUGGAGUCCCAAAGGCAGCAACAGCAGGGCUUGCUGAAGGUAUUUCUGGCCUCUUCUACAGGAGCACAGUAGAUUCCUCAGCCUUGUGGACUCAGGCUUAUAGCUACACCCCCCUUGAAAGUGCUGAGUCACACCCAGAUAGAAAAGGCCUGGGCCUGUAGUCUACUCACAUGGAGUCCCAAAGGCAGCAACAGAAGGGCUUGCUGGAGGUGUUUCUGGCCUCUUCGGUAGCAGCAUAUAGCAGCAAAUGGGAAUAAUGACUUCAUGGCCGCCAUGGCAACAAUGGGGCUGUCCCAAUUGGUAUCUGGUCCCACCCACAGGGCAGGGCACACACUAGACUUGAUUUUCUGCCUGGGAUGGGAGCAGGGUGUUACAGAUUGGAUAUAUAAAAGAUUAUAUCACUAUAGAAAUAUAGAACUCAUAAAUUAGUUACUUUAAACUGUAUUAUAUACCAUACUUUUCCUUUUUCCGUUUCACUGUCAAUUUAAAUUUUGCCAACUUUGUGUUUGUGUAGUGAGCUAAUGAGUCAAGAUUAAGGUACAAUUUAGAUUAAAAUUGGUUUAAAGGGUUUAAAUGUUUUUUAUCAGUUGAGUUCUAAAGAUAAUACUUUACUGUUAGACCUAAAAGAAAAAAAGUUUUUUUUAUUUAACACAGAGGAUGAAGUUUCAUGUUGAAGUAACUGAAAUUAUAAAAUGGGAAUAAUGAAUUUCAGAUAUAGAAAAGGUACCUGAGUAAUGGUAUUUCAUCUGUAAACUAUGGGUGUGUUAAAUUAUUAAUUUUAAUACUUAAAUAUAAAAUUUCAGGAUUAUGAGAUUUGAAAAAUAGAUUGUUUUUGUUCAAAUAGAAUAAAUUGUUAUCAUCAAUUAUUAUUAAUGGCUAGAUUUCAGAGAGCUAACCUUUUAUUAACUUUCAGCAGAAUAAAUAUUGAGCAUUCUCAGUUAUAUUUUAUAUGCACACUAAUGAAAUUAAUAGAUUAUAGAAAGAAGUAUCUCUGUUUAUUUUUAAGA